GCACAAGUAAAUAUUUUUCCCUGUGCGCGUGUAAUAAUUCAUAAUUCCACAUUUACAAUGGAUUUUAUUUGAUAUUAUGUAUUAAACGAUGCAAAGUGGUCGAUCAUGUAGUAUUCUACGAAUUUGCAACGCCACAACGUGAGAGAAAAAACAGGUCGCUGACAAUGUUCCGUACGUGCUGCGUACUCGGCUGCGGGGUCACAUCUACUCAGGACAUCAUAUUUUUCGAUUUCCCGACGAGUCGUCUCCUCCGCCAGCGAUGGCUCAAGGCCAUAGCGCCGUCCUGCAAGAUAACCUUGGAAUCGGGACUGUGCAGCAAACACUUCGCCAAAACGGACUACGAGUACAUCAGAGGGAAGGUCAGGCUCAAAAGGAAGGUGGUGCCAACGUUAUUUAUAAAAGAUACAAGCGUCGAAACACGGACAGAAGAUUUAAUAGAAAACUCAAUUAGUGAUAAAACUGAGAAAUCCAAUAAUAAUAUUGAUAAUAAAAGUGUAAUAACAAAUGACAAAAUUAAAACGGUUCAUAAAAACAACAAGAAAACAAAAAAAAACAUCGACAAAAUAUGUGAAAAAUUGAUAAUAAAUAAAAAUAACAAAUUAGAUGCAAGCGUUAAUAAUGGCAUAGCUGAUGUCCUCGGUCACACCCCAAAUGGGCCAAGUGUUUGUGCUGACAGCAAAAUUGCAAACGAGACCCUGGUUCAUGGAGUUGUCGAGAGCACCAGUGAGACACAUUCCGAUAAACAUACUGAAAUUGACAGUAGUGAUAAUAAUGUUAACAGUGUUAGUGACAGUGUCGAUAAGUUUACCGUAAACACGAGUGAUGAGUGCAGUAAAAACGUAAUUAACUCCAAAACGGACAUUAAUAGUGACGAGAAUGUUAUAAAUAAUAAAAUAGUAAAUAAAAGUGCCCCGGCUAGUGAGAGUGCUGGUAAGCCUGCUGGUGUCCGUACACGGAGGGGCCGCCCUGUGGGUUCCGGAGCCCCCGUCGUCCGCGUGAGCACAGACUCAGCUGACAGCGGGACUGAUUCAGCAAGUGAAGUCAGUCUCCGAUCAACCAUUGAUUAUGGAAGGAAGAUAGGCACAGCUCACGUCGAACCCGACAAACAGGACAUUGAGGAGUUGCUAACCAACUACCAGAUCGUGAAAUCGAAGCCGCGGCGCCUGGCCAGCCCGCCGCCCCCCGCGCCCCACCCCGCCGACGACGUGCAAGAAGUCCCGGUACACAGUGCCAAGCUUAAGGAAAAGGAUCCGGUGUAUAUAGAGAUAGCCGUGGGACAAGAGGGCGCGGCGCGCAGCGACUGUCUGCUGGUGAUGGAGAGCGUGCAGGUAGAGCUCGACCCGGCCGCGCUCAUGCUGCCGGACCGCGACGACGACUGCGCCAACAGCAGCAAGGAGGACCCGAUCAGCCUGUUGACGUCGAGCGACGAGGACGACGUCAUAAUCCAGGAGCCGAAGAUCGACACCGUCGAGCUCUCCUCGGAGACGGACGAGGACGACGUCCCCCUGGUCCGGCUGGCGCGGCCCGGCAGCCCCGAUAACCUGGCGCGCAUCUUCUGGGGCGUCUACCGAAACUACUGUCUGCAGUGCAAGUACAGCGCUGCCGACGAGCUGGACUACCGGCGGCACGUGCGCGCGCACCAGACCGUCCUGCACGUGUGCCACACGUGCGGCUACACCACCGCCUCCAGGCCGCAGCUGGAGCGCCACUCGCGCAAGCACGCAGCCGACAAAAAGUUCAAGUGCCACCUGUGCGACUUCAAGGCGAAACACCACAUGAGCCUCAUCUACCACAUGAAGAGCCACUCCAAAACCAAGGUACUGGAUCUCGACGAAAACGAGGGUAGGAAGAAGCGGAGGUACUCGUGUCUGGAGUGCACUUACUCCACGGAUCGCUGGUCUGAUCUGAACAGACAUCGCAGCCGUAGACACCCGCCCAGCGAUACAGAUGACGACUGCCAACCGAAAUAAACGUUUUGUGGCGAUGAGAGGGUUUCACUGAUAUACUUUACCGAUGGUAGGACGUCUUGUGAGUC